AUGGCCGAGAAGGAGAGUGAAGAGAUCCAGGAGGCGUCAGGUCCGCCCCAGGCGUUGGGGCCCGGCGAUUCGGAGAAACAGGCCGCGGAGGCCCAAGUGGCUGGUGGGCGGAAGCCGUGGGUCAACAUGAAUAAAAAAGCACACACGUCCUUCUGCUUGGCUGAGAACGUGCCCCGCGACAGCACGGAGCAGAAAAACCUCCGCAGCCGGGACUUUGCACUGAAGGUUGCCAGCUCCUGCCCAGAGGAGGAGAUCUGCUGCAUUUGCCUCGAAGGGCACUCCACGCUUCAGUUGCCUUGCAGUCACAGGUACCACGCAGAGUGCCUCGACCAAUGGCUGCAGCGAAGGCCGACAUGUCCCACCUGUGGUCAGAGCUAUGGAGACCGGACAGGCAAUAUGCCCGAUGGAAACAUGCGAUGGGGCUGGCUGAACCGGUCGCUGUCGGGCUACCGUUGUCGGACUAUCCUUCUACACUUCUAUUUCCCCACUGGAAGCUUGGGUGGGCGGAUAUACGACGGACGCUCCCUGCAUGCGUUUCUGCCAGAUGACGAGCAGGGUCGACAUCUCCUGGCACUGUUUCAGCUUGCUUUUCGAAGGAGGCUCAUGUUCAGCCUGAGCCAAUCCAGCGCUACAGGGCGGCUGCGCCCCACCUUUGCCAUCCACCUGAAAACUUCCAUGGGCGGCGGGCCUACCCGCCAUGGCUACCCAGACCCUGGCUACUAUGCCUCCGCCGUGGAGGAGCUGCGUGGCGUCGGCAUCCACCUUGACGAGGCUAUGCCCAUUGCCGUGCAGCUGGAGUCUUCGAUGGUCAAGCGGAAGCGUUGCAGUGCACUGUUGGAAGAUGUCGUGCAGUGCAGCUGCCGCUUUGCCAUCAUCUGUACGCCGCAGGGCUUCGAUGCACUGGUAUCAUUCCUAGCAUUGGUGUACAUCCUCGUCAUCCCGCCCAGAAUAUCCUGUCUUCACUUCCUGAACCUGUUUUGCAUCCUUGCCUUCGGGAUGUUUUGUCAGUACAUGAACGACAACGUUGGCACGGCCAUGAACGUGGUGGGCGUGGUGUACUCGGUCGUUCGUGGCUUUGCCAAAGGCAACCUAUCCGAGUUCUGCGAGGAGAUCUCUGCUUGGGCUCGGAGGUCCGUGAACCAGCAUUCGGAAGCCAUGACCAUCUGCCUUCUGCUGCGAUCUAGUUCCGGCAUGUCUGUCUUCAUUCCACACGCGUGGCUCAUGGUUACGGCCCUGUGGCUGCUCAAGCUGUACCUCGCCAGUCACAACAGGCGAGGGAACACCCACAGUGGCCUCCAACAGCCACUUCUGCACACCGUGGAGAUUCCUGGUAUCAUCGCGGGCGCCCCGCGGCAAUUGGCCCGACGUCCGCCGGUUGAGGCUGUGGGCCCAAUUCAGGAUCAGGACUGGUCCCGGUAUAGUGCGUGCUCUUCGCUGGAGGGUCGCUCUGAUGCGUCGGAUCUAUUCCAUGCGCUGGUCAAGCCUCUGCGACCCAUAGUAAGCGAUACAGUGGGCAAAAUCAUGCAUGAAAUGCUGGAAAACGAGCUCCGGUACUCAGAAGAGUAUGUGGUAUUCUACCACAGCUACUCGAGCUCCUGCCUGCUGUACGAAGUGCAGACAGCACUCGCUGCAUGCAUUCUGGACUAUCCGAUUGAUGGGCCUCCUGUCAUGCGCUUGAGACGACAGCCAUACCAGAACAUCAAGAGCUUGCAGAAUUUGCUGCAGCUCUGGGAAAGCACGAUGCGUGACCAGACAACUGAGUUUCAGGCUGUUGCAAUUUCUGCCUUCUGCUCCUGCUUCGCUUCUGGUGGACACACUCAGAACAUGCUUCAAGCCUGGUUGCUGCGGGGUUUCCCGAACAACAUUUCAUCCAGUGCGAUGCGGCGCAUGUUGAAGGACAUCCUGCUGGCUGCCGGCAUUAGCAGUGGCCAGAUGCAAGGGCUGGACCCUUUGGUCACGUCAAUCCUGGCACUGGGACGGAAGUAUGGGCUUCGUGUGCCCAGCUGGCACCUGUUUCAACAGCCAGAGAACCCAGGGCAUUUGCUCCAGAUCUUUGUCCACAACUCUGUUGUGGAUGCGAUCUCCUACGGGAGCCGAGAGCGCGGUCAACUGGACAACGGCGGCAUUCCGCUCUCAAGGUGGCUGCUGCAGCGAUGUCCGAUCGACGGGCAAGCGCGCCUGCUGACGCAUCCAGAUGUAUUUCUUGACGUGGAUCGAGGCUUGGCACACAGUUUCGCCUUCUCCGCCGGGCCUUACGGCCGAGAGCGAGUGGCACUGCUGAGGGAGCUGCGGGACCUUCUGAAGCCCCAGCUUCAGGACCCAGAUGCGAUCCGUGCCUCGCGGAUGUCCCUUGGCUUUCAUCGGGAGCCGGAGCCGGAUCUGGAGUCCGAGGGCGCUGAGGGCGCCGGCGUCAUCUACAGCAUCUGA